GUGCGGAUGGAGGAGUGUGGACUGCGCGCCAAUUUGCGGAGAAGCCCUUCCCGUCUGAGUGCAGCCGCGGAAGAUACCCCUAAAAGACUGCGCUGAGGUCCUGUUGUCUCCUUCUGCUCUCUAGGUACUUGCUGGUUGAUGUGCCGACUUGAUCGGGGGAUCUUCGUAAGAUGGGGGAGGCGAGGACGCGGACAUUCUGGGUGAAGUUGUUCGCUAGGGGACAACCACCGUCAGAUGCUGUUGCUGUCCCUGUGUGCGACUUUCCAGAACUCACAGUCAGCGAAUUGAAGGACAUCUUACUGGAGAAAUUGAAACCUAUCCUGCCUGGUGAAACGUACGCACCAUGGAUCACCCUUAAGCUUCCCCCGCUGCCGGAGGCAGCAGAUGGCAAAGCCACCAAGAAGGCGCAGAGCGAUUCAGAAGAUGACACCGCAGAGGAUGUAUACCAGGUAGUAGAGGCUGCUGAAAAGAUCGGUGAUCUUCCACCAACGGCUGGAAGUAGCAAGCAACCCCUCCUUGCCUUCAUUCGGUUCAUGGAUGAGCUUCAGAAGUCCUCAGCGGCAUCAGGAGGCAGUCGAGAAGACACAGACUCCGACACAGGCUUACGGAGAAGAAUAAAUGCGUCUGCUCGAUCACGUGAUGCUACUGAGAGGAAUGAAGACGCGACACCUCAGGCCACGUCUUCGGCACCAACGCAUACUCAUCCAUCGCCGAAACCAUUUCAGCUGACGUGGGACUACGUCAUCCGGCUCACUUCAUGCGCUGUUAUCUUGUAUGCAUUUGCCAGCGUGAUGGUUUUCAUCCUAAGGAGUCUACCUCCAGUCUAGCCUGCGCCUUUCCCUGCUUCUCCCGUCUUUUGAUGUUCGCUUUCUGCUUUUUUUUGUACCCAGGCUUUAUGUUUUCGUCUCGUUAUGUUGGGGUGUCUUUUACAACCAUUUGGUUCAUAUGUGCCCCUCGUCUUUAUCUUUGAUUUGUCUUUUUUCACCCUUCGCUUAUUGGAGGGGGAAAGUAAAAGGAGGAGAGGAGGGGGGUAGAGGGGGGAGGGGCGGGGCGGAGGGUGCAAGUUGGUUGGUCUUCUCUGUCCUGUAUCUCCCAGGCUCUUGACCUGGGUGUUCAAUUUGAUCAUUCUUUAUUCGUGCCUAUUAUGAUAAGCUGGUAAAUUAACAGUACAUGUUAAGUUAACAAAGUGACUGUGACAGU